UGUUAUUUUAAUUUUCUAGUAAUUUUAAUGAAGAAACUUGCUCUAAAUAAAACGUCUUGAUACUAAUGGAUUCACAGCAAUGUUGCAUAAUAUGUUUAGAUAGAAAAAAAUCUGUACAGAAUAUAACGUUAGUAGAUGAAACGAAUGUUAAAUUUUCUGAAAAAUUGCGGUACAUUGCUCCAGAAGUGGAAUGGUUAGGUGAAUACGCAAUAUGUGAGAGAUGUACAAAUGAGUUAAACAAUGCUUGCAAAUUUAGAGCGCAAUGCUUGUCGGUCAACGUAGAGAGAAACAAUUUGAAACAUGAAAUUAUUGACUAUACUAACUAUUCUAAUGACGCCAUCGAUGAUGAGAAUAAUGACUAUGAUACUGAUACCACCAAAGAAGAAUCUAAUGCUGACACACAUCCCAUAUUUAAUAAAGGUGGUGAUUUUUAUGUAUGCUACGAUUGUGGUGAAAAGUGUACAACAAAAAAAGAUCUGAUAAACCACAUUAAGAAAUCACAUGGUGCUUUAAGAGAGAGUAUAAACAGUACUGAAAAUGAAUUGAAUCACGAAGACAAUGAAGUUUAUAGAGUAAAAGAGUUUCCGUGCACCAAAUGUGGUAGGAGAUACGUUCUUGAAAGUACUUUAAGACAACAUAUGUAUGAUUGUGAUGGAAUUAAAAGACACGGUAAAGCAAAGUCCGAUUACCAGUGUGAUAAGUGUUUAAAAUAUUAUUCCACUCAAAAGAUAUUAAAGGCUCACAAAAAGAAAUGUGAAGGUGAACGGAAGUGUAGAAAAACAGAAUUCCAGUGUACAAAAUGUAAUAAAUAUUAUAUAAGUUUAAAGACGUUAAAAGAUCAUUACAAAAGAGGGUGCAAAAAAGACAGAGAGGAUAAUUCAAAUGUGUUUUUCUGCAAAAUUUGUGAUGAGUAUUUUAAGUCUGUACUUAUAUUAAGGCAACACGUUUUAUCUGAGCAUAAAACCUCGGAAUACAUCUGUGAUAUUUGUUUCGUAAAUUUUAACACACAAGAAGAAUAUGAAAUACACAAUAAUGCAAAACAUGCUUUGGGCAGUGUCAAAACCACAAAAAGAAAAGGCAGAAUAACUUCCAGAAGAUUUACUUGUGAAGUUUGUAAUGAGGAAUUUACAUUAUUGAAAUCAGUAAUAGAACACUGCGUGAACUUUCAUUCCAUGGAGGAAAAAUCAAUAAGACCUUACGCCUGUGAAAAAUGUGAUAAUCGUUUUCGAUCUUCUACAAAUUUAAUAAACCAUACGUUGUACCACGAUAGAAACCGUACCAAUAUUUGUAGCUUUUGUGGGAAGAGCUUCAUUACGAAAAAUGACUUAACGGCACAUGAAAGUAUUCAUUUCAAUAGAAGAAAUUAUAAAUGCAACAAAUGCGAAAAAGCGUUCAAAACCAACACUAAUCUUCGAACCCAUCACUUGAUAGUACAUACAGAUCCAUCCUUGUGGAAAUAUACAUGUCAAUACUGUAAUAAGCGUUUCCCACAAAAAUCCAAUCACGAUCAGCACUUGCGUCGACAUAUAGGCGAGAAGAACUUUAUAUGCCCCCUUUGCAAAAAGCCCUUUGCCAGCAAAAGCGAGAUGCAGGAGCACGUUAGUUACCAUUCGAACGUGAGAGCUUACAAAUGUACAACUUGUGGAAAAGAAUAUAGAAAAAAACACACAUACGAGGUUCAUCUGGCCAAAGUUCACGGCAUUGGGAAUGUGAAAAUUCCAGUCAGGGAAAAGAAACACGCUUGCCAUAUAUGUCCAAGUCGUUUUUAUGACAAACUUAAAUUAGCAAGACACCUCUGCACUCAUUCCGGACUGAAACCAUACCCCUGCUAUGCUUGCGAUAAAAAAUUUACAGACAAAUCUUACUUGAAGCACCACUUGAAAACUGCUCAUAAUAUAAUCGAAGAAUCUAAAUAUGAGUGGAACAAAUUGAAUACCACUAUAAAAAUGACCAGCAGCGAGCAGAAAUGUUGUGUCUGCCUCAACAGUUCUCUAACUUUAAAUAGAUUGUCUAGAAAGGAUGACAACGAUAUAUCACUACUCACAAAACUCAGAAUUACCAUGCCACAAAUUGAAUGGCUUAGGACGUAUCAAAUAUGUGAGCAGUGUACAAAUUUAUUGAACAUAGUUUAUACAUUUCGGGAGACUUGUAUAAAGUCCGACAAUAUUCGUAAACAAUUAGAUACAAUUAAUCUACUUAAAAAAGAAGUAGGUUACGUAAAAACAGAGGAUCGUCAGGAUAGUUCAGAAGAGAACGAACCUGAUAACGAUGUAAAAGAUGAGGAUGACGAUGAUGAAGAAGACUGUAAUGAUGAUAAUGAUGCCAGUUGUAGUGAUGAUGACAAAGACUAUAAAGUAAAUUUAAAAGAUAUCAAGGAAGAAUCUUCCACGAAAAGGAAGCGAAAAGUGCUCGUUUUUCAUUGCGAACACUGUACGAAUAGUUACGCUUCAAGCACCCUUCUUGUAAAGCACUGUGUAGAACAACAUGGAAUGGAAGGUAAAACCGUACGACCCUUUGUGUGUACGAGAUGUAACAGCCGUUUUGGGAAUUCGUCGAAUCUCAUGCAGCAUAUAAAAUAUCACGAUGCUGUUCGUUGUAAUGUGUGCACAUUCUGCGGGAAAGGCUUUAUCACAAAAACCGAUUUAAAUAUCCACGAGAAGCAGCACUUGAAUAAGAGGGAGUAUAAGUGUGAGACAUGCACAAAGUGCUUUAAUACUCAUAAAGAUUUGAGAUCUCAUAAGUUAGUAGUUCACACAGACCCGCAGUUUUGGAAAUAUUUCUGCGGUAUAUGCAGCAAAAAGUUCCCCAUCAAGUCGAAUUACGACUGUCACAUGCGACGGCACACGGGCGAUAAAAAAUUCGAAUGCCACCUUUGCGACAAGAAGUUCACAGAUAAGUGCGUCCUGCAGCGACACAUGCGGACGCACUCAAACGUUAGAGACUUUAAAUGUUCAGAAUGCGAGAAGGAAUACAAGGACAAGCGCGUCAUGCAGAUCCACAUGGCGAAAGUUCACGGGAUAGGGAUCGGAGAGAUCAAAUUGCCUUCGAAGGAACGUAAAUAUAUCUGUCAUAUCUGCCCCAAGGCCUACUUCGCGAAGAACAAACUAACGAGGCAUUUAUACACCCAUACCGGGGAGAAGCCGUUCUUCUGCACUAUUUGCGAUAAGAAGUUUAACGAUAAGUCGUACGUGAAGCAACAUAUGAAGAAAACGCAUAACAUAGACACAGGUGCUAAUAAAUAGUUAAGGACUCGUCUCGAAAUAGUAUUUGUUAUUUAUUUAAUUUUAUCCGAAUAUAUUUACAGUAUUUUUAUUUUAU